AUGUCGUCGGGGAACUCACCCCCGUUAAUCAGCACACCCGGCCCGUCCAAUAAGGGACGUCAGGCGACUCACAAGCCAACACCUGCAACCCGUACAAGCUUGACGGGACUCGGGUUGGACAGCCAGCCCGGGCCUUCGGUCGCGGCCCAGGGGUCCCCGAGGAUCGGACCGAGGGAAGGUAAUCUUCCCUCGUUGACCGAUCCCUCCGGGCCCUCUCGGCCGCGGAAGAAGGCCAGGUCUGAGUCUGACCGAGGCUCGUCAAGCGACAAGGAUAAGCGUCCGCGACUGGGUCCUUCCUCCAGAUCGGAGGGAGAGGAAAGUGCGACCACAUCCACCGAUCAUUCCUCAACUGAAUCCGUGACUCCUUCCACGUCUAGAUCUUCGUCCCCCUCUGGGAGCCCAAUCCCAGCCAAUAAACCAAUUCCGAAGCCUAGGGCCCCCGCCAGGACAGGGACAGCCCUUAGGCAACUACGAUCCCCUCCACGCUCUCCCUCCCCAACGUUAUCCCCAAUCCCGGUGGACUCAACCCGAGGUGCCCCCGCCCUAAGCGGCACGGCGGGCAACCUGGAUUCCACCAGGUAUAUGGACCUCGAGUCCACCAGACCCCAACAUAUUCCCUUACCGACAAACCCCAAGCCUUCUACCUCCUACGCUGCCAUGGCAGCUAGGCCAGGUAUUCCUACCACCCAGAGGACUUCCCAAUCCCCAAAAGCCCCUCCCCCGAGGUCGAAGGGUCGUGCCCAGGAGGUAUUACGUCGACACCCACCAAUUAUGGUGGAGGCCCUCCCGAAUUGGCCUCGCCAUUUGGCGGCCAUUAGGGAGCGCUUAGGUCGAGCUCCCUCGGCGCGACCCUUCGGCGCCGUUGAGGGAUGGCGUCCAACCCGAGGGCCCGCGCAGUGUCAUCGCUGCCAGGCCUUCGGACACGCAUCCUACAACUGCCAUCGCGCGGUCCGCUGCGUAAGGUGUGCCGGAGAGCACAUUGUAGCGGACUGCCCGAGGCCGAGGGACGGCCCAUUCUCCUGCGCCAAUUGUGGGAAGGACCACGUCGCCGUCGACAGACGGUGUGCGGUCUUCCGCAAACGGGCCAGGAUGAUGGGAGUCACCGUCCCUCCUCCUGCGCCACCGGUGCCUCGAGCCGGGGGUGCAGCUCCUCCGGCUGUACUUCCCAUAGUAAGGGGGAAGGGGAAGGGGAAAGGGAAAUCUUCCCUUCCCCCGGCCCCUCCCCCUCGAAACUCCAUUCCGUCCGCCGUGGUAGUGGAGGCUGAGCCGUCAGCGACCACGUUGAUGGCGCAGGCCAACCGGCCGCGGCGGACAAAUAAACCCAUUCCCGUUCCUCGUGGUCGCACUUCCGCUGGUGUCACACCUACACCUCGCCCGACCGGCGGUCCUGCACCCGGAAAAAAUAGUAAUAGGAACAAAAAGAAAAAACAAAAGAAAAAAGAUAAAAAAAAAGAAGCACGAGAGAGAGAGGAAGCCAUCAGAGCGACUGAUGAUGCUGCACCUCUCGAACAAUCCCAAAUGGUCGUUGAGACAAUGGAGGUCAACGAGGCCUCCCCUACUGCCCAAACAUCGAACUCCAAUCCGCCAUUGCCAUCGGCCCAUCUGGCCGAAGACAAUUCUAAUCUGAACAGCCAUCAAUCGAAUGCGAAAUGCGUUGAUGAAAGCGUCUUCCCUUGGGAGUUCAUCUCGCGGGCUGCGUUUAAUGAGAUUGCGCAGCUGUACGGGGCUUGUGGUGCGCAACAGCAACAGUACGGCGCGCAGGUUCUGCGCUACGCGUUGAGGUGGUGGAUAGUAUUCGCAUAG